GUGUGCAGACUGUACCCAUUAAAAUACACCAGACUCUGAGAUGAUAGUGCGAUUAAUGCGUUUAGCACCUGCGCGGCAGCGCGUUGGCCUGGUUACCUUGACAACGAGAUGCCGGAAGAGCGAGAUCAAGAGAUACAAACACGCUUCACAAGAGAUACAAAUGAUGUUUUCGCAAUCCUCGAAGACCCAGAGGCAAGAUGCGGGACAGCCUUCAAUUAUUAAAUCAGAAUCCAUGUCCAGAAAACAAAGAAAAGCUGCUCUACAACAUCCACCAGUCCACAGAAUGACAUCCAAACGCAGAGAAAAGACUUGUGAAAACUUCUUAGAAAGGAUGCCACUGGAGAUCAUUCUCAGGAUUCUCUCAUACUUGGAUACUGGGUCUCUUUUCUGCAUUAGUUUUGUCAACAAGCACUUCCAUGAACUGUCCAACAGCAAUGCUAUGUGGUAUCAGUUUUACAUCCGUGAAUGUACCAAAAAGAAGAAAGCCAGCCAAGAAGACCAGACGAUGCAUGUCCUAGGUAUGAUGGGUGUGCAGGAGAGGCCAAAGGGAUACUGGAGAAACACGUUCUUCAAAGAAAUUGCCGGCCUGAACUUGAACAAGUGGAGAACGAAACUACGACGCAUUGACCCUUUUUCAGGACUGCCACGUCAUACAGAGGAAGUCAUAAGGAGUCUGUGCAUUACGUGGGAGAUCACAGUGACUGAUGGGAGAGGACGGCGGAGCACCUUUCAGCAGUCUCAUGCCUCCUUCAGUAGCACGGCUGUUUUUGUGUUUUGGAGCACUGUCAGUUGGCCUCCUUUCAACCAGCUCACCUCGCUUGAGCUUCAUGGAGUGUUGCGGGUGCCACUCAAUUGUCCUGCGCCUUACAGGCCGGGCUGGAAAUCAGUUAUGUCCAAAGUAAAGCUUCAAAGAGAACACAGCGAGUUGUGUGUUUCAGACAAGAUUGUCAAGAUGCUGUAUGUUGGGCAGGGGUUAACUUUGGGAUUCUGGAAGGACCAGUGGGAAAUUGCUUUUGUCAUGGUGAACUUACACAAUCACAGACUUGUGGAACGAAGUCUUCAUGCAUCUAUUAGUCCAUGUACAGCAGCUGGAGUCAGUGCUUUGUUUGAUGAUGUGGACCCGGAGUACGGUCUCCAUGGAUACACUGCUUACAUUGAACUGCACAAUACAGUGAGAGUCAUCAUGUCUGGCCGCUUUUCCCAGCUGUUUUGCAGGAGAGAUCAGAUUUUUGAUGGUUAUCUUCCACUGGAAGUAAUCAGUGAGAAUAACAGAUCUCCAAAUAUUCAUCUGGUUGGAGAUGUCAGCUUGCCUUGGAGGACUGAAGCUUUACAUGGAACUAUCAAGGACUGUUGCAUGCUCAGCCUCACUGUAUGGGAUGAAGCCAAGCAGCCUUUUUGGUGUUUCAGCGCUCCUGUUGUGAUGACAGAAGCAAGUCAGGACACAGUAUCAUAUGAUUUUGAUGGCGGGAGUUUCUCCAUUCUAUACCAAGACUCAGAGGGGAGGGUGGAGAUGAGGCUGAAGCAGAUGGAGUGUAAGGAACAGUAUUUUGUGGUAAAUCUAGUGAUUUACAUUGCUGUCGCCAAAGUGAAUAAGCACUUUGGGAGAGAUUACUGAAGCUUUUGAAUGCCAUUUCAGUUUGUAUGACGACCGUUUGACUGAAUUUGACUUAAGAACACGCAGGAACGCUGCAGUAACUCCCAGAUUUAACUCCUGUCGAGAUUAUUGUAGCUUUUUCUCUUUUCAGGUUCAUGUUUUUGGUAUCACCAAACACAUAAAUACACAUUUUCACAUAUCUUUAUUUUGUAAUCGCAGACUAUAAAAGUCAUCCUGUAACAAAGAGAGGGAUAGUCAUGUCAAGUUGAUCAAAUCUAAAUAACAGAAUAAGUGGAAACCCAUAAAAAGAAAACUUCUAUAGAAUCAAGAGCUAAGUAAUAAGAAUGGACCUUUAAGCGGGUUUAAAAUUGCCAGUGGAGGAGGAGGAUCUAAUAUGAGUUAAUAUGAAACAGUUCCAGAACUGCGAAAUCUCCCUUACAGCAUGAACAGGACAGAAGGAAGUUGGUUGCAUGACCUUGGGGCAGAGUAUGCAUGAAGGAGUUUACAAAUGUAGUUUGGAGAAAUACCACACUGGGCUGCUUUUUU